UUUCCGGGUCGCGGAGGCCGCUGGCGGCGGCGCAGGCAGCUACUCUCGCCGGGGCCCGGUCUAUGGAGUCAGCUGGUGCCGGGGGCGGCGCGGAGGCAGGAGGCGGCGCUCGAGUGGGGGCCUCUGCCCCGCCAGGAUGUGGCCGGGCUUGGCCGCCGCCGCGACCCACAGAGGCGGCUGGGCCUCGCUGUGCCGGCUCCGUGUGCGCUGCAGGGCCGCCGGGGACCGCCGCGAAUGGCAGAAUUCAGUGACAUUCGGAAGCUUUUCGAACAUGGUUUCGUAUAGUCCUCCGUGUGUUUGUAUACUGAGUCAAGUAAAGUUGUAUUCCACAAACGUUCAGAAAGGAGAAGGAUCACAGUCUCUCAGAGUAGAAAAAGUACCACCAUUUAAUGAAACAGCAGAAAACAUAGGUGCAGAACUCAAAGCUCCACGUAAGCAAGACCCUCUCCAAGUAAGAGUUAAAGCAGUCCUUAAGAAAAGGGAGUAUGGAUCAAAGUACACUCAGAAUAAUUUCAUCACUGGAGUCAGAGCAAUAAACGAGUUCUGCCUUAAAUCCAGUGAUCUAGAACAACUUCGAAAAAUUAGACGACGAAGUCCCCAUGAAGACACUGAGUCCUUCACCGUAUACUUGAGAUCAGAUGUGGAAGCAAAAUCUUUGGAAGUUUGGGGAAGCCCUGAGGCUCUUGCCAGAGAGAGAAAGCUGCGUAAGGAAGCAGAAAUAGAAUAUAGAGAACGGCUGUUUAGGAACCAAAAAAUAUUAAGAGAAUAUAGAGAUUUCUUGGGAUACACCAAGCCACGCUCUCCAACAGCAUCGGUGUUCUUUAAGGGACCAGGAAAAGUGGUGAUGGUUGCCAUUUGCAUCAAUGGGUUAAACUGCUUCUUUAAGUUUCUUGCCUGGAUUUAUACGGGUUCAGCAAGUAUGUUCUCAGAAGCUAUACACUCAUUAUCUGAUACUUGUAAUCAGGGGUUACUGGCACUGGGCAUCAGUAAGUCUGUUCAAACACCAGAUCCUUCUCAUCCGUAUGGAUUUUCAAAUAUGCGGUAUAUUUCUUCACUCAUUAGUGGUGUUGGUAUUUUCAUGAUGGGUGCAGGACUGUCGUGGUACCAUGGAGUCAUGGGAUUGCUUCAUCCGCAACCAAUGGAAUCCCUCCUAUGGGCAUACUGUAUUUUAGCAGGAUCAUUGCUAUCUGAAGGAGCAACACUUCUUGUUGCCGUAAACGAACUUCGCAGGAGUGCUCAGGCCAAAGGAACGUCAUUUUACAAGUAUGUAAUGGAAAGCCGUGAUCCUAGUACAAACGUUGUGUUAUUGGAAGACACUGCAGCAGUUUUGGGAGUGAUAAUAGCAGCCACGUGCAUGGGCCUUACUUCCAUAACAGGCAAUCCGCUGUAUGACAGCCUGGGCUCUCUGGGCGUGGGCACCCUGCUGGGCGUGGUCUCGGCCUUCCUCAUCUACACCAACACGGAGGUGCUCCUCGGGCGGUCCAUCCAGCCGGAGCAGGUGCAGCGGCUCACGGAGCUCCUGGAGAGCGACCCGUCCGUGAGGGCAAUUCAUGACGUUAAAGCCACCGAUCUGGGAUUAGGUAAAGUAAGAUUUAAGGCAGAAGUAGAUUUCGAUGGACGUGUUGUUACAAGGUCCUAUUUGGAAAAACAAGAUUUUGAUCAAAUGCUACAAGAAAUUCAAGAAGUGAAAACUUCUGAAGAACUAGAGACUUUUAUGCUUAAGCAUGGAGAAAAUAUUAUUGAUACUUUAGGAGCCGAAGUAGAUAGACUUGAGAAGGAACUGAAAAAACGAAAUCCCGAAGUUCGACACGUGGACUUGGAGAUCCUGUAAAUCUGGCGGAAGGAGUCACCUUGGGGGAGCCGUGGAGACAAGUACGUGAAGCCACUCUGCACGGGCGUCCCCUCCUCCCCCACUCUGAGGAGUCAGUGCCCCCGAGAAGCAUUUUAUUUUUUUUAAGGUGGAGGAAAUACUUUACGUAAAGAGCAGUUCAACAGGCCACAGAAUGAAAUCUUCUUCUUACAUCUAAGAGACACGUUGCAAGUUGAAUCAAUUUGAAAAUCAUGUUUUUCAUGCCUCCGUAGGGAACAGUUUCGGUCACUUAAAAUUGUUCGUGAUUCCCCACCUUA